AUGGCGCCAGGUGGAGGCACCGAAAGCGUUGAACACGCUUCCGAGCCAUUGUUGGAGGGUGACGCGCACGCAAACGGUGCGAACAGUCCGCAUGCCGUACACGAUGAUGCCAACGAAGCGGAUGAAGAUAAGGAGUACGAGGCCGAGCAGGCACGGCGGCGCGACAAUGCGUCUGCGGCGGCGCUGACACUGGAAAUUGUGGGAGAUUUGCCGCAUGCAGACGUCAAGCCGCCGGAGAAUGUGCUGUUUGUAUGCAAGCUGAAUCCUGUGACACGUAGCGAUGAUCUGGAGCUUAUUUUUUCGCGCUUUGGCAAGAUUCACAAGUGUGAAGUCAUGCGCGAUAAAGCGACGGGCGAUAGUUUGCAGUAUGCCUUUGUCGAGUUUGAGGACCGCAGUGCAGCUGAACAGGCGUACUACAAAAUGCAAAAUGUUCUGAUCGAUGACCGCCGGAUCUGGGUGGACUUUUCACAAAGUGUAUCCAAGCUGCACGGGGUUUGGGUCAAGCAGCGCACAUGUAAUUCUUCGGUGGCGCACGGUACGCCGUUUGAUGCACCUUCGCGGCAUGGACACGCGCAUGUGCAGCAGCCUCCCCAGGGGUACCACACCGAAAGACUGCUUGUGGAUUUGGACGAUAUGCCGAGGUCUCAACCUAUGCGCGAGCCCCGCGUUGAUCGACAUGGAAGCAGCGAUCGGCACCGCUCUCAAAGCGAUGAAUCGCAUCGAUCACGGCACGAUAAAUCACAUCGCUCGAGGUACCACGAGCGGCACAGGUCACGGCACGGCGAUAGACACGACCGAGUGCGCUACGAUCCCACACGCCGUGACUCGCGCCGCGAGCGCUCGCCGCGCCGCCAGCCGCCAUAG